GGGGAUCCAGAGAACGUGGGCCAGCCAACCCGUUGCUUCCCUCAUGCCCACUUAUGUACCUUCUCCCUCUCCUUUCUCUCGGACUCUCCGGUGUGAGCUCUGAAAUUUGGAAAGGAAAAAAAAAAGAAAAAUCUUCUUCUAGUUCUUCGUCCAGUUGAGAAAAUUUUCUUAGGGGAUGGGGAAGAUAGGGUACCAGACCAUGAAGACGGAUCGGUUGACGGACGAUUUGAUCGAGUCGGAUCUCAACGAGCUCAGGAUCGCGGCCAAGAAGCUCGCCAGCCAUGCCUUCAAACUUGGCGGUGGACUUGGGUUGGGCACCACCUUGUUCCGAUUCCUCGCUUUCCUGGCAGCAAUAUAUCUGUUGAUACUGGACCGGACAAACUGGAGGACAAACAUGUUGACUGCACUUUUAGUUCCUUACAUUUUCUUGAGCUUGCCAUCUGUGCUGUUUUCCUUUUUCAGGGGGGAGGUUGGUAAAUGGAUUGCAUUUAUUGCAGUUGUGCUGCGACUCUUCUUUCCUCGGCAUUUUCCGGACUGGUUGGAGAUGCCCGGAUCAUUGAUCCUUCUUCUCGUGGUUUCCCCUAGCUUCUUCGCCUACACAAUCAGGGAUGGUCUGGUUGGCGUCAUCAUUUGUUUAGCCAUUGGCUGCUACCUGCUUCAAGAGCACAUCCGAGCAUCAGGGGGCUUUAGAAACUCAUUCACGAGGAGUCAUGGCAUAUCAAAUACUGUAGGUAUCAUUCUCUUGUUUGUUUAUCCUGUCUGGUGCUUGGUGCUGUAUUUUCUGUAGGCUCUUGUCAUUCCAGCUCUGGAAAUGUUGUCUUGUUUGCCAUUGUGACAGUACAUGAAAUAUACUGCAUUAGAAUGGGUUCAUUAGUCUGUAAAACUCAGAUUCUGUUAUUGGAUUUCGUAAUUUGAAAAUUGGGGGUUUCCUAUCA